GUCGUGGCGCCGGCUAUAAGUAAGGGCCAGCGCUUACUUCGCCAGAGUGAUGGCUGCUGGCGCGCGUUGCGCUUUUUCUCAUUCCAGUCGCUGAGGUACCCGUAGCUGUACUUUCCUGGGUGGGACGCGAGCCCUGCGAAGCGUUCCCGGUGUCGCUGUCCUGGCCCAUCUGCUGGCCAGCCGCAGGUGCGUGCGUCCAUCGCGUCGCCGCCAGGAUCUCGCCUCGUUGUCUCCGCUAAGCCCUCGGUUUCCUCUGGAUGAACUUAUGUCCUUUUUCUAACGCGCCAUGGAAUUCUGCGCCGUGCUUGUAACCCUCCAGAACCCAAGAAACCCCAGACAGCAGACGCCCUGCAGCAUCGUAUAGCAGUGACUCCUCCGCCCGGUUUCUGUGCCGUAGUUUACAGUAUUUAAUUUUAUAUCUUAUUUAUUAGCAUUUUGAUACCUCAUAUUCUGUUUACACAUCUUAAGAGCCGUUCAGUAAUUCUCUCAUUCAUUAGAAAAGCAUAAAACCACUAUUCUAGAGAGAAUGACACCAACCGCGGCCCUGCCUACUUCUGAUUACCUAUGGAUGGUCAUCCUGGGCUUCAUCAUUGCAUUUAUUUUGGCAUUCUCCGUGGGAGCCAAUGAUGUAGCAAAUUCGUUUGGUACCGCUGUGGGCUCAGGUGUUGUGACCCUGAAACAAGCCUGCAUCCUAGCUAGCAUCUUUGAAACAGUGGGCUCAGUCUUGCUGGGGGCCAAAGUGAGUGAAACCAUCCGGAAGGGCUUGAUUGAUGUCAAGAUGUACAACUCUACCCCAGAGCUGAUGAUGGCCGGCUCAGUCAGUGCUAUGUUUGGUUCUGCGGUAUGGCAACUAGUGGCUUCGUUUUUGAAGCUCCCCAUUUCUGGGACACAUUGUAUUGUCGGUGCAACCAUUGGUUUCUCCCUUGUGGCAAAGAGACAAAACGGAGUCAAGUGGUCUGAACUGAUAAAAAUUGUGAUGUCUUGGUUCGUCUCUCCACUGCUGUCUGGUAUUAUGUCUGGAAUUUUAUUCUUCCUUGUUCGUGCAUUCAUCCUCCGAAAGGAAGACCCAGUUCCUAAUGGUUUGCGAGCUUUGCCAUUUUUUUAUGCCUGCACAGUUGGAAUAAACCUCUUUUCCAUCAUGUAUACUGGAGCACCGUUGCUGGGCUUUGACAAACUUCCUCUGUGGGGUACCAUCCUCAUCUCGGUGGGCUGUGCAGUUGUCUGUGCCCUUAUCGUCUGGUUCUUUGUAUGUCCCAGGAUGAAGAGAAAAAUUGAACGAGAAAUAAAAUCUAGUCCUUCUGAAAGCCCCCUAAUGGAAAAGAAGAACAGCUUAAAAGAAGACCAUGAAGAAACAAAGUUGUCUCUUGGUGAUAUUGAAAACAGGAAUCCUACUUCUGAGGUAGGGUCUGCCAUUCUGCCUCUCCGAGCUGCAGUGGAGGAGAGGACAGUGUCUUUCAAACUUGGAGAUCUUGAGGAAGCUCCAGAGCGAGAGAGGCUUCCCAACGUGGACCUGAAAGAGGAGACUAGCAUUGACAGCCCCAUGAAUGGUGCAGUGCAGUUGCCUAAUGGGAACCUUGUUCAGUUCAAUCAAGCUGUUAGCAACCAGAUAAACUCCAAUGGUCACUAUCAGUAUCACACUGUGCAUAAAGAUUCUGGCUUGUACAAAGAACUGCUCCAUAAACUACAUCUGGCCAAAGUGGGAGACUGCAUGGGAGAUUCUGGUGACAAGCCUUUGAGACGCAAUAAUAGCUACACUUCCUAUACCAUGGCAAUUUGUGGCAUGCCCCUGGAUUCAUUCCGUGCCAAAGAAGGUGAACAGAAGGGAGAAGAAAUGGAGAAGCUGACCUGGCCUAAUGCAGACACUAAGAAGCGAAUUCGGAUGGACAGUUACACCAGUUACUGCAAUGCUGUAUCUGAGCUUCACUCGGCAUCUGAGAUGGACAUGAGUGUCAAGGCUGAGAUGGGUCUGGGUGAGAGAAAAGGGAGUGCUGGCUCUCUUGAAGAGUGGUAUGACCAGGAUAAGCCAGAAGUCUCUCUUCUCUUCCAGUUCCUGCAGAUCCUUACAGCUUGCUUUGGAUCAUUUGCCCAUGGUGGCAAUGAUGUCAGCAAUGCCAUUGGUCCUCUGGUUGCUUUGUAUCUAGUUUAUGUCACACAGGAUGUUUCUACUGAAGCGGCAACACCAAUAUGGCUUCUACUAUAUGGUGGUCUUGGCAUCUGUAUUGGGCUGUGGGUCUGGGGAAGGAGAGUUAUCCAGACUAUGGGGAAAGAUCUGACACCAAUCACACCCUCUAGUGGCUUCAGUAUUGAGCUGGCAUCUGCCCUCACUGUGGUAAUUGCAUCAAACAUUGGCCUUCCCAUCAGUACAACACACUGUAAAGUGGGUUCUGUUGUAUCAGUUGGCUGGCUCCGAUCCAAGAAAGCUGUUGACUGGCGACUUUUCCGCAACAUUUUUAUGGCUUGGUUUGUCACAGUCCCCAUUUCUGGUAUUAUCAGUGCUGCCAUCAUGGCUGUUUUCGAUCACCUCAUCAGAGCUUUUAAAUCUUAAAUUCGUGUCAAUGUUUGGGACCACCUUACACAUUUCUGCUCCCUUGAAGAAUGAAUAACAGUGUUACUGAAGACCGAGAAGAGUUUUAAAUUUGAGACCUGUGGGAGGGAAGUGUUAAUUAUACUAUAAUUGCUUUUGUGCUAAAUAUGACUUGUCUCAAAAUUAGCUAUGUAAAAUAACCAGGUUUCCACUGGUUCCUACUAAGUCUCCCUUCUGGGCUGUGAAUUCCUGUACAUAUUUCUCUACUUUUUGUAUCAAGCUUCAAUUCCAUUAUGUUUUAAUGUUGUCUUUAAAGAUAGCUUGUGUGGGUUUUUUUUUUUUUUUUCUUUUUAACACCAGACAGAACCAUUUGACAGAAUAUACUCUGCUUUGUUGGUUUCACCAGCUUCUGCCCUAACACGCACCAGGUGUUAACAAUAAAACAUAGCUGAAGCUUCCCUUAUAGUCUCUUCUAGAAGUGGAGUGAGUCAUUGGCACUCUGCCCUCCUGUCAUUCAUGGCAGAUUUUGUUGGCAUAUAUGGAAACCUUAGAGGGAUGCGGUUCUUUGGACACAGUGAAAAUUAAAGUUAGUAGUAACUUCUUUGCAAGUGACCCAUUGGUUUAUUGCUGAGAAGUAGAAGAAAAAAAACCUUUGGACAAUUGUGGUGAUUUCUUUUAAGAUUUUUGACAGUAUGGGUUGGGUGAUUGAAGUGGAAUAUGAAUUUGGGGCAAUUAAAAUGGGACAGCCUUCCAUGUUCAUCUGUCUACCUCUUAACUGAAUAAAAAGCCUACAGUUUUUAGAA